CAUGUAACUAGUGACCAUACAUUUUAUGUUGAUAGAAUAAUUUCCAAAUUAACAGAACCACGUGCUUUUAAAAUUUUAAUUAGUAAAUGGCGGAUUUUGGGGACAUUACAGGAAGUUCUCAGUUACAAGACAUUUGAACACUUAGAUGGUGUAUGAAGAAUAUACAUGAUAAUGUAGCUACCUAUUUGGGUGAAGGAAUAUUCAGCCACUUGUUCCAUUGAAUCCAACCCAAACAAUAAGUCAUAAUCGAAUCUGACGAAACAGAGUGCAAGUCUGAUGAAACAAAUCGGCAAUCUCUUCCAACAGUCAGGAGCUGGGGUGAAGGGACAGUCCGUUGGUAAGUCCCUUAUUGCUGUCCAGACAAAUAUAGCAGUGCAGACGUGUCAAUGGACGGCUGGUUGAGAAUUCCUCUCCCUUCGUUAUAUAUAUGUACAUGCAUGCAUGUAUCUUGAGUGUAAGGUUCCUACAAGUCAAGGAAAAGAAGGGACUGCUCUAAAUCCAUCACCUGUCACUUUCACCUGCGAACAUCAAUCAAACUGCGUGUCAAUCGCUUUCGUGGCAGUUGUCUUCAUUCUGAUUGGCUUUCUAUCCCUUUAGGGCGUAAACGUAUACAAUUUUGUUGGAAUCCUAUUGGAAAACGCCGAGCUUUGCUGUAGUGACGCAGUUGGAAUUCCCAAACUUCCUAAGUUCACGAGGAACAUUGCGCAUCUCGACCAAGCCGCAAAGGACUAUCCAAAAACGAAGAGUAAAACUAGCAUUGAAGUAUAAACCAAAAAGCAGGACAAGAGAUUACAUAUCUCUGUUGCUGUGCCUGGCCACCAGGGGGCAAUGUCGGACAGCAGCAGCACAGGCAGUAGUGGCUCCUCCAACAGCUGGACCAUUAUCAACCCGGAGGAUGCUGCAGUGGAGUGUGUUGGCCUUGCGGACGAUGGACCAGAGAGUUUGGGGGAUGUCCCUAGUCUCUACGAGGAAGUGACAGGGCCCACACUACAGGUCAGGCCGGGUGAGGCUUCAGUAGAGACGGUUCUGUCUGAGGAAGGCCAACAGGUCAGUCGGUAUCCUAUCGUUUGUCAGGAAACCACUCCUGAUGUGGGCGAGGGCUCCUCUAACCCCACCUUGCUCAGCCCCUCUUCCAGCAGUUAUAUCCCCCUAGAAUCUGACCUGGUGCUCAGACCCUCCCCCAGCAGUUAUAUCCCCCUAGAAUCUGACCUGGUGCUCAACCCCUCCCCCAGCAGUUAUAUCCCCCUAGAAUCUGACCUGGAGAGCCAGCCCCCAGUCAUCCAUGACAUCGUCACCAGCUCCCCCUCUGACAACAAUGACCAGCUUUCGGCCACCCCCUUUGUAACCCAUAUUGACCUGCUUGAACCCUUCGACGUUGCCUACACGGAGCCUGAGGGCGAGGCGGAGCCUGAGGGCGAGGCGGAGCUUGAGGGCGAGGCGGAGCCUGAGGUGGAGGCGGAGCCUGAGGUGGAGGCAGAGCCUGAGGUGGAGGCGGAGUCCGAGGCUGAGGCCAAGCCCGAGGUUAAGGCCGAGGUUAAGGUCGAGGCCGAGGUGAUCUGGGCCCAUGAGUCUCCACCUCCAGAGGGUGCUGUACCCAAGGACCCCGACCUAGACACCACUGCAGACAUAGCCCCUGCCCCUGAGAGUCAAGCCCCUGCCCCAUCCCUGUCCGAAGAAAGCCUCCCUGUGGAGAUUGUCACCCCGUUGGACGUUCACACAGAUAGUAUCCCCGCCCUCGAGAGCGAGGAAUCUGUUAGCCCCAUCCCCGAAAGCAAAGAAUCUGCAAGCCCCGCCUUCGAAAGCGUGGAGUGUGUAAGCCCCGCCCCCGACAGUCGUCUCCCAAUGACCAUUGGUUCAACCAUGACAGCUGAGGCAGUCGAAGCACCAGCAGUGGAGGAGACCACGCUUCCUGAGGAAAUAGAGGAAGUUGGACAGGUUGAAGAGCCACCUAGGAGCUUUGACAUGGGAAGAGGUGACACCAGCACUGAGGGGGAUGGCCCGAGGAGGAGGACCAUACCGUCCUUCGAGGUGCCGAGGCGAACAUCCGAGGAAGAAGACGAGGAAGAGGAUGUGGAGUUCAAACUGCCGGAGAAGGAGGAGGAGAAGCGUGGGUUCUCCCUGAACAAGCUGAUCGUGACAGCAGUCGUCCUGCUAUGCCUAGGAUCCCUCUUCCUGUCAGGUGUCGUCACCAAUCUGGAUGAUGACGACCUUGACUCUUCUGAGAUGAGCGAUGGAGACCAGGACUGGGUAAACCCUCAGGAAAUGAAGGAGGUUUUGGACAAACUGGCACAAGAAAACCAUCAAAUCACCCAAUUAGAAGCCCAGCUACAGACCCAGAAAGAAGAACUCGACUCAGCACUAAAGUUAGCAUCAGCAAAGGCAGGGGAAGAAGGGAAAGGAGCUUUGGAAAAAGAAAAUAGCAACAUGAGAGAGGAGCUGUCGUCCCUGCCUGACCUGAAGGUGGAGCUGGAGACCCUAAGAUCCAGAGUGAGAGAACUUUCCCAAAUCACAGCCAACCAUGACACUCCCACUCCACCACCUAGCUCCUCCCCACCUCCUGCUGGCCAGCCAGGGAAGAGCAGCCAGAGCACAGCUGGGCCUGACGGGGGGAAGGACCUCGGGAAGGGGAUCCGCAUAAAGGAAGAGCUACAGAGACAGAGGGUCCUCUUAGAGGAAAGCAGGAAAAGACUUGAGGGGAUGAAGAAAGAUGGAGGGCACAGGAAAGGUGUGAGGGAGAGCCUAUCAGAGAUCCAGAAGAGGCUGACUGAGCAGGUGGAGAAGCUCGGCAAGAGGAGGCCAUGGGAGGGUGGGUCCAAGUGGGACGCAAAGAAAGGUAAAGAUAACGGGAAAGACCACUGGAAAAAAGAGGAGAAGGAGUGGCGGGGAGAGAAGGAGUGGAAGCACAGCAAAGACAAGCACGUAGGCGGGUCAAAGUCACACAAGCAGAGCUCCCACAAGGAAGCCUGGCGGAAGUACCAAGAUGAGUGGAACAGUAAGAAGGACGAGCGCAGGCUGGAUAGGGAGAAGAGGAAGAGGGAGGGACACUGGCAUGUCCGGUCUGCUAAGAAAUCCAACCACCACCAUCAGCAUCAGAAUCCCCAACAUAACCAGCCUCCCCAACACCAGCCUCAUCAGUCUCACCAGUUCGACCAUACCACCUUCUGGAAGCACCAGGAGGAGAAACUCAUCCGCAACAUGCACAUUAGGGCAGGAUGUGGUGGCAUCAAGGACUGUGCUGCCAAGGAGGGGCUGAAACCAGUGGACCAAUCCCAGUUCCAGGCCCUUCUCGAGGGCUACCUGAGCAAGCUGGAGGGGGUCACGCCAGAGAGCAAGAAGGAGAUCCGCGAGCUGACCGCUCAGUUUUUCAAGGGCGGUGUGUUCACCCACGACAGGGUGCAAUUCAGUGACUUUGCAGAGGACGUGGCAGACAUUUUGGAAGAUUUGGCAGACCUCCUGGAAGACGAAGGGCAGGGGGAGGAUGAUGUGCUGGAGGAGGCGAUGGAGGAGUUUCCUGUUGAGGCUUUGUGGAGGUUUGCUGUUCCAGCUUAGAAACCAAAACAACAGAAAUAACUGGAAAGAAAAUGAACACCAAGAUACAAUGGUAUAACAUGGUUGUUUACAGCAAGGUGUUGCCAAUUCUGUGGUCUAUCUUGGAAAAUGCUUCUGGUCCCAGGAGUGAUCCGUUGCCUCAUAAACACUCCCCCCUCAGUCUGUAAUUACAAGUUGUUUGUGUGUUGGAUUUUAGUUGUUUACCUACCUCUGUCAGUUCAAGGACACUAUCCUCAGUCACAUCAGCUGUGUGUGCAAAUUUGUGUGUGAGUGUGAAACAAAUUCUCCCACUACCUUUAAUAUUUAACACUCAGAAUGUAGCCGUUUACGAUAAUGGUCAGAUGUAUUUGCUUGUGAUCUCCCUGCCCCCUCAACACGGUUACCGUCAGAUCUAGUAGGACUGGUUCAACUGUCGGCUCUGUUUGAGUGUGUAACUGUCAGUGUUUAUUAACAGCACACGGAUCAUUCUGGAACAUGCAAAUGAAAGGAGAUUUUUACCAGGCGAGAACUAGGUUCUUGCUCUGUUUCUCUUUGACAUGGUUCUCUCACUCACACUUAUAGAAUGCUGUUAUAAUGCAGGAUUAAACUAUUCUGAUGUAUGGUGCAAAGCCCAGCACACAUUAAUACAGAUUAGCAGCUCGUGAAGAUUUUAUUACCACAUUAUUAUUUGUCACACUGUGCAUUUCUGAGUAAUGUAACCUAAAUGGCUCUGCAUUGUAAUGGAAAUCUUGAGUCUUACAACCCAAUGUUGUUUCUAUUGAAUUGGGUAAAAAGUGCAAUCUAUUGGUUUUUAGAAGAUGUUUAAAAAGAAGGACGUUCAACCUGUACAUUUCAGAUAGACCCUUUGAUGUUUUUUAGUUCCUUUUAUUUAUCACUGUUAACACUUUUUCGAGAUUUGAGUUUACCAUGCUGAUGUUUUGAUCAGAUAUGUAGGAUAGUUGUUUGAAUAUUGUAUUUAAUGAAGGAUAGCCCUGGUCCUUCUUAAAAACAUUUUAAUAGGUAUUUGUUUUAGUCCACCGCUGCAGUAUUUUUGAUCAUUAUAUGAAAAGCAAGCCAAGUGGCUGAGGUUAAACAAAUGAGUAUGCUGUUUCUUAGAAACCUUUUAUUUCAGUGAGCUACUGCUUUUGUGCCUUUUAUUUAUAAGUAAAUAACGAUGACAGUUUGAAAUCUAAAAAAGCGUUUUCAAUUGUUUUCUGGAGCCAUUAUCCUGCUGAUUUAGAAGAGAGACAAAGUAUCUAAUGUAUAGAAGGAUGUAUAAUAACUUGAUGCCAUGCUUUAAUUGACAUUCAUAGAUGCAGGCUUUUCUUUUUUCUAUGAUCUUGUAGCGUGAGAAAGCCCUUAGGGGCAUCACAUAGUACACAUACCAAGUUUGAAUGUCAUUGAAUUCAAGAUCAGCAGUUGUUUUGCGUGAGUUUGAUCAAACAUUUUAAACAAUAAACUGUUUGAAUGUUG